ACGUCACGUCCGGUUAAUUUUAUCUUCCCUCUUUUGACCGGAUGGAUUAGUUAUUAUAGUUUUUUCCUCUGUUAACAUUAUCACUUUUGGAAAAUGUUUUCUUUUGAUUUUUUUGACGAUGUGCGGCGGAUGAACAAGAGGCAGCUUUAUUACCAAGUAUUGAACUUUGGCAUGAUUGUUUCUUCAGCGCUUAUGAUCUGGAAAGGGCUAAUGGUCCUAACAGGAAGUGAAAGCCCCAUCGUAGUUGUUCUCAGUGGUAGUAUGGAGCCAGCAUUUCAUAGAGGAGAUCUCCUUUUUCUCACCAACCGGGUAGAAGACCCUAUUAGAGUGGGAGAGAUUGUUGUCUUUAGAAUAGAAGGAAGGGAGAUUCCUAUUGUGCACCGGGUUUUGAAAAUUCAUGAAAAGGAAAACGGAGACAUCAAGUUUCUGACAAAAGGUGACAAUAAUGCUGUUGAUGACCGAGGACUUUACAAACCAGGUCAACACUGGCUGGAGAAGAAGGAUGUUGUAGGACGAGCGAGGGGGUUUGUACCGUAUAUUGGAAUUGUAACAAUUCUUAUGAAUGACUAUCCAAAGUUUAAGUAUGCAGUUCUAUUUUUGCUGGGAUUAUUUGUACUAGUUCAUCGAGAAUAAGCGGCAGCAAGGAUAUGACUGAAGUACUGCUGCCAGGCUUCUGAGCUGUUGCUGUUACCAAAUGAAGAGCGUGAUUGGCAUUUUGAUUGCGUAUUCAGAAAACAAGAGAAUUUAUUAUCACUUUGACAGCUUCAGUCUUUUUUAAUGACUAUAAUUCUUAUUUUGUAAAGCGUCAGUCAAUAUAUUUAAAGAUACAGCUAUCCUUGCUCUGGGUCAGUAUAUUUUGUACAACUGUGAAAAUGUUUUUAUAUUAAAGAUCUACGACAAAACCUUCAUCGUUUUGUAUUUAGAAACCCAGCUUUUCUCUUCCUGAAGUGCCUGCGUAAUGAUAUUGUCUUAUGUAAGCAAGAGCUUUAACUGCGGAGAAGUGUAGAUCUUCCUUUUGUUUGUUGACAUUAUCUUUCACCCACUUUGUCAAAAACAACAAAAAUGUUGAAAAGGAUUUGCAUAUUCUUCAAUGUUUAAUUUUGUUCACAAUUGUCUUUAAAGUUGCUAGGAAACUGGACAGUGUAAGGUGUAAAAUAAAACCCUAGAAUCUUCA